GUUGUAACCGUUGUAACCCUAACCGCAAAUUCAUGCUACAAGAAGUUGACAAAUUUGACAAAAUUAUGCUAUGAACUCUAGCAGGAAAAGACAAUGAAUCAAAUGUGUGUGAAUAAUAUUUACGCAAAUAACAAUUGCAACGGUUACGAGUGUUUCGCUUCAAUCGAUAAUUAUUCAAAUUUAUGUAAAAAUAUUGCGGUCGGUGAAAAUGUAACGUCAAAUGAAUUUGCGAUGAUUUUUCCCAACUCUGUUGGCGAAUCAAAAUGGAGGCUCGUAUUUUAUCCGAGGGGACAAUACGUUGGCGAAAAUGUUGGUGACAGCAUUGGAAUUUAUUUGAUUAUGGUGUCCUGUGAACUGCAAUCCAAAACACUGAAAGCUAAUGUCGAAUUUCAAUUAAAAUCGCAAACGGACGCCAGUGGACCUGUAAAGAAAGUGGACACAAUAUUCAACUUUUCGAUUCCUUCUAAACGCUGGAUUGGUGAACCCAAUUUCGUUCGGAAGAAAUGGUUGAAUGCGAAGCGUCGUGCUCAAUUUUGUAGCGAUGAUUGUCUGGUCAUUAGAUGUCUGGUUGAAGAGACGGUGCUUGAAAGUUCUGUAGUAGCAGUGAAAUUUCCGCUGGAACAGACAACUACAAAUGUAGCUGAUGACACCAAAGGCAACGGGAAUCAGAUUCGGAAGCAAAAUGGUGAUUCAGAAGAUCCAUUGGAAAGGAAAUGUACCACGGAAGACAAGGCUGUAGACACUAAAAGCAAGAUGAGUGAGAUUCGUCUGCAAAAUGGACAUGCCUUUACAGAUCGUAAAAAUAACAAUGAUGCUGAUUGGACCGUAGUUGGUGGCAAAAAAGGCAAGAACAAUCAGUACGUGAAUCAGCACAAUACAAGAUCUAACACCGAUUUGUCGGAACCAAAGAGUUCGACCAGAUCCAAGGGAAACGGAAAACGAAAUCUAAGAAAGGAGGAAGGGGAGCGAAACAAAAGAAGUAAAUUUGACAGAAUCGUCGAUUUUCUUACGUCGUGCCGUGUAUGAACUGGGCAUGGUUGUUUGAACACAUCGUUUACCAUUAUUUUGUAAGACGUCUCGGUUUCGUUUAUCAUUUAUUUUCCUGCUGAACAUCAAAAUUAAUUGAAUUUUCUCGUUGCAAUGAACUUCAUAUUUUCGACGAGUUGUAGCAGUUCUAUUAACAUUAAGAUUAACAUGUGUAUCCUGGUGAUAUUGAUGGGUUUUAGUGUCUGUUUCAACAGCAUUUAUAAAUGAAAAAAAUAAAUUUUUUGCUUUACAAAA